GAGUCAACCGUUAUUAUGAACUCCAAGAAGAGUAGGAAAUAUAAUAACACUGAGGCUGGGAAUACAUAUAACAACAAAACUGAAAGUACAACGGGUCCAGCUAAAAAAACUAAUAAGAAGAAAGCACCAAUUUGCAAUGAAAAUAAUGGAAAUAUAAAAUCAAAAGGGAAAAAAAGGAAACUGUCUGAAGUAGAAAUUGUAUAUGAUUCUCCUAAGAAGCAUAAAAAAUCUAUGCAAAAGGUCCAAAAGGAUAUCCUAGAACCAGUGAAAAAUAAUGAUACAAUAGAAAAUGAAAUUGAGGAAGGUGAGAAUAUUGCAUUGAAUGGUAAACACUUGGAAAUACACACAAGAGAUAUUGAUAAUGUGGAAGAAAAUUUGAAAGCUAUGUUUGAAAAUGUGUCUCCCCUACCUAUGAAAAAAAACAAAAAGAAAGAUCAAGAGUUGUUGGAAGUUGCUCAUAAUACUACAGAGCAGUCUGCUUGUCCAAUAGAAGAAGGGGUAAGUAAAAAGAGAAAGAAAAACAGAAUUGGUGUUGGCAAAAAUGAUCCUGGGCCUAGUCAAGGAAUAACUAACUAUUCCACAGAACAGUCUAGUAGUGAAAUUGAUGAAAUUUCUACAAAGAAAAAGAAGAAAAAACAUAAACCCAUUGCUCAUCUCUCUGAGUUGAAUUCUGAAGAUAUCCAGAGCACAUUUAACAACAAUAUUCAAGUGGGAAAACAUGGACUAAAUAUUAUUGGCAUUAAUGAUGACAUUGAAAAUGUUGUUACAAUAUCAAUUAAUGAUAUAGAAGGUAAUGACUCAGAUUGGGAUACCAAUGAUCUUCUCAAACAACUUGAAAGAAGAGUGGAGAAACCAAAAGAAGGCAUGAAGGUAAAAAAAAUAAUUCCAAAUUGGCCUCAAGAGGAUUUUAGUGAAUUGAUUAACAGAGUGGAUGCUUGUAUUCCAGAAAAUGAUUGCUUGAAUUACACAAAGAGGGUUGAAUUGUUAGAGUGGGAUAAGAUUGCUUUCAAGGGUCACACUGUAGAAGACUGCAAAAAAACUUGGUGCUAUUUUCUGAACAAAGUUCGGAAAUUCAGGUAUUUGAAGGAGGUUUUAGAAGAUGUCAAAGAAUGGGUUGCUAACCCAAAACAGAAAUCUGGAAAGUUGCUGCGCCAUCCUGAUCAACCCCGACGGCCACUAGGCGCAUUCUUCAUCUACUAUAUAGAGAAAAAAGAUAACCUUCAGGCUGAACAUCCAGGCAUGGAUGCUACUGAACUAGCCAAGCUGUGCAGUCAGGACUUCAAACAGCUACUUCCAGAGACAAGGGAAAUGUAUGAAAAAAAGGCUGCAAUUAACAAAAAAGAAUAUGAAGAGAAUAUGUUAGAGUUUUAUAAGCUGCAUCCAGAUCAACUGAAACUCAAACCAGAAAAACCUCCAAAACCUCCGAAGCCACCAAAACCAGAAAAAGAAAAACCAAUAAAGCCCCAAAAAGAACCAAAACCCCCUAAGGAAAAACCUCUGCCAAAGGAAAAGCCUUUGCCAAAGGAAAAGGUACCAAAGAGAGCACUGCCACCAUUCCAAUACUUCUGUCUCUCCGAAAUAGAGAAAGAAAACGUCGAGGACAAGGGGGCUUUCAGAGAAGUAUGUAAGGAAAAAUGGAAGCAGAUGCCGGACAACCAGAAAAUUGAGUGGAUCAACUAUGCAGAGGCAGAGAAUUUCAAAUAUGAAGAGGAGAUGAAGGAAUAUAUAAAACAUCAUCCAGAGUAUGUUGUUCAAAAACACUCAUUGUCUAAAGAAAACCAGUUAGUGAAAGAACGUCUGGCAGGUAAACCUACAAAACCACCAACUUCAGCAUACAACAUCUUCGUUGGCAGAUUACUGCAAAGUGAGGAAAUAAAAGAUGUUCCUUCAAGAGACAGACUGACAUUUGUUUCUGACCAAUGGAAGGCCUGCAGUGACGAGGAGAAGAAGCAGUAUAAAGAUUUGUAUGAGAAGUUGAGUGAGAAGUACAAGCUGGAUUAUGCCGCCUACCUGGAAUCGUUACCCGAUAAUGAGAGGCUAAUGGAAUUGCAGAAAACUGCGCCAAAGAGAAGAAAAUCGGAUGAUUCAAGACCAAAAAAGGAAGUGAAAGGUAAAAAAGCCAAACCAGCUGCAACCAAACCCAAACCCAGUGUGGCUGAAAAAAAGAAGGUGGAAAAGAAGAAGUCGAAGAAAAUGGUUGAACCUGAGCAACCUCCAAUUUCUCCCUACAAAUAUUUCCUCACCGUGCAUCAAGGCGAAGAGCCUACCAAGGCCUGGAAAGCUUUAACUUCCGCGCAAAAGAAGACAUAUGAGGAAGAGCUUGUCAAGAAGAAGCAGGCUUACAUUGUGGCGUUCGAAAAAUUCCUGAAGAGCAUGACUAAAGAAGAGUUGGAAGCUUUCUCAAAUGCAAGAAGGAAGGUUAAGCAAGAGCCUCAAGACGAUGAAGAUAUGGAUAGUUCUGGUAACUCCGAUUCAGACAAUUCUGAUGAAUCAGAAGUAACUGAUGAUUGAUUUUUUUGUUCCAGAUGUUACAAGAUCCUUUGUUUUGUUCUCUAAUAUAUUUUGUAAAAGUUUUGUAAAUAAAUUAAUUUGUGU